ACUCGCUUUCGGUCUCCAGCAACGAUGCCAGUCCUCCUGCGUCAGUAACAUCCCUUCAGCCCCACAUGAUCGGUGCGCAGAGCUCCCCAGGCCCCAAGCGCCCUGGCAACACCUUGAGAAAGUGGCUUACCAGUCCUGUGAGGCGUCUCAGCAGUGGAAAAGCAGACGGGCAUGUCAAAAAACUGGCCCACAAGCACAAGAAAAGUAGAGAGGUUCGCAAAAGUGCCGAUGCGGGCUCUCAGAAGGACUCUGAUGAUAGUGCAGCAACCCCACAAGAUGAAACUGUUGAAGAGAGAGGUCGGAAUGAGGGGCUGAGCAGUGGCACACUCUCCAAAUCAUCCUCUUCAGGCAUGCAGAGCUGUGGAGAGGAGGAAGGUGAAGAGGGAGCGGAUGCUGUACCGCUUCCUCCUCCAAUGGCAAUUCAGCAACACAGUCUUCUCCAGGCUGACUCGCAGGAUGACAAGACAUCUUCUCGAUUAUUGGUGCGGCCGACCAGCUCCGAGACACCCAGUGCUGCAGAACUAGUCAGUGCAAUUGAAGAGCUCGUCAAAAGUAAAAUGGCCCUGGAGGACCGUCCAAGUUCCUUGUUGGUAGAUCAAGGUGACAGCAGCAGUCCGUCCUUCAACCCUUCAGAUAAUUCCCUUCUCUCUUCCUCAUCACCCAUAGAUGAGAUGGAAGAAAGGAAAUCCAGCUCCUUAAAAAGACGACACUAUGUCUUACAGGAAUUAGUAGAGACAGAGCGAGAUUAUGUACGAGAUCUGGGCUACGUAGUUGAGGGCUAUAUGGCACUUAUGAAAGAAGAUGGCGUACCUGAUGACAUGAAAGGCAAAGACAAGAUUGUAUUUGGAAACAUUCACCAGAUUUAUGACUGGCACAGAGACUUCUUUUUAGGAGAGUUAGAGAAGUGCCUUGAAGAUCCAGAAAAGCUGGGAUCCCUGUUUGUUAAGCAUGAGAGAAGGUUGCACAUGUACAUAGUUUACUGCCAAAACAAGCCAAAGUCUGAGCACAUUGUCUCAGAAUACAUUGAUACGUUUUUUGAGGAUCUAAAGCAGCGCCUGGGACACAGACUUCAGCUCACAGACUUGCUAAUAAAACCUGUGCAGAGAAUUAUGAAAUACCAGCUGUUACUAAAGGACUUCCUCAAAUAUUCUAAAAAAGCUAACCUUGACACAACAGAACUAGAGAGAGCUGUAGAGGUCAUGUGUAUAGUACCAAAACGAUGUAAUGACAUGAUGAAUGUUGGCCGCCUGCAAGGAUUUGAUGGUAAAAUUGUAGCCCAGGGUAAGCUUCUGCUCCAGGACACAUUCUUGGUUACAGACCAGGACACCGGACUUCUGCCGCGCUGCAAGGAGAGACGGGUCUUCCUGUUUGAGCAGAUUGUCAUUUUCAGUGAGCUGCUAGAUAAAAAGAAAGGUUUCUCCAUGCCCGGAUUCUUGUUUAAAAACAGUAUCAAGGUGAGUUGCCUUUCCCUGGAGGAAAAUGUGGACAGCGAUCCAUGUAAAUUUGCACUAACAUCAAGAAUGGGCGAUGUCACAGAGACCUUUAUUUUGCAUUCUGCGAGUCCAGGAGUCCGCCAGCUAUGGAUCCAUGAAAUUAACCAAAUUUUGGAAAACCAGCGCAACUUCUUAAAUGCCUUGACGUCCCCAAUCGAGUACCAGAGGAACCACAGCAGUGGUGGAGGCAGCAGUGGGAGCAGAGGCAUGAGUGGGAGCAGCAUCCGUAACAGCAGCGGCCCCAGCAGCUGUAGUGGCAUCCCCAGCUCCAGCCGUAGCCGGCCGUCCCGGAUCCCCCAGCCUGUCAGACACCAUUCCCCAGUCCUGGUCUCCUCUGCAGCCUCGGCCCAAGCAGAGGCAGACAAGAUGUCAGGUAUGUCCAUUCACAAUCUCUCCCUGCCACACUACAACGCCUCCUUAGAAGCUGGCCUGAGCCAGCCAGACAGGCACCUUCCCAGUGCAGAACCGGACGAUCCUCAGAGAGAAGCUGAGCAGAUUCCCAAGAUGAAAGUUAUUGAAAGUCCCAGGAAGACAGCGGGAAACACUUCUAGCUCAGCUGACGGAGCCCAGAAGGACUCGCGUGGAAGUUCAGAGGACAGUCGCUCAAGAAACAGCAUAGGAUCACUGACGCUUGGGAAGCCAAGGCCAGGAGCCAUUUCACCAAUGAACUCUCCUCUCUCCACGACUUUCCCUUCUCCUUUUGGCAAAGAAACCUUUCCACCCAGCAGCCCCCUGCAGAAGGGCUCCUUUUGGAGCUCCAUCCCAGCAUCCCCUGCUAGCCGCCCUGGCUCCUUCACUUUCCCUGGGGACAAUGACUCCCUCCAGCGGCAGGUCCACCGCUACUCUUCACACAGCAAGGACACAGACCGCAUGAGCACAUGCUCCUCGACCAGCGAGCAGUCAGUUCACUCCACCCAGAGUAAUGGGAGUGAAAGUAGCAGCAGUAGCAAUAUCUCCACCAUGCUGGUGACACACGAUUACACGGCAGUGAAGGAGGAUGAGAUAAAUGUCUACCAAGGAGAGGUCGUGCAGAUUCUAGCCAGCAACCAACAGAACAUGUUUUUGGUGUUCAGAGCCGCCACUGAUCAGUGCCCUGCAGCCGAGGGCUGGAUUCCCGGCUAUGUCUUGGGGCAUACCAGUGCAGUCAUCAUUGACAACCCUGAUGGAACCAUCAAGAAGUCAACGUCUUGGCACACAGCACUCCGUUUAAGGAAGAAAUCUGAGAAAAAAGAUAAAGACGGCAAAAGGGAAGGCAAGCUAGAAAAUGGUUACCGCAAAUCCCGAGAAGGACUUGCCAACAAGGUUUCUGUAAAGCUUCUCAACCCCAAUUACAUUUAUGAUGUUCCCCCAGAGUUUAUAAUACCAUUAAGUGAGGUAACAUGUGAGACAGGAGAGACCAUCGUGCUUAGGUGUAAAGUCUGUGGUCGCCCCAAGGCUUCAGUUACUUGGAAAGGUCCUGAUCAUAACACACUGGGCAAUGACGAUCAUCACAGCAUUUCGUACAGUGACUUAGGAGAGGCUUCACUGAAAAUCAUUGGCGUCACUGCAGAAGACGAUGGUGUCUAUACAUGUAUAGCUGCAAACGAUAUGGGUUCGGUUUCAUCUUCUGCCAGUCUACGAGUUUUAGGUAG